AUGAAUUGGCAACGCGUUUUACGCAUAACCAACGGCUUCUUGCUGCUCACCGGAUUUCAGCUACACAGCUUUGAGMCCAAAACGCAGCGGUUUCACAUAUCCUUGUGGGGUCUCGCAAAUUUCAUCGCACUAACGCUAUUCUACGUCAUUUGCUUUAAUCAGCACUUCACGCACUCGGCACUGCUGAAGAUUUUCCACGAUGUGUCACCGUUUUUUUGGCAACUAAUACGCGCGCACCUCUUGCUGGGACUUAAGAUUUAUAUAUACCGAAUUUUUACCAUGGCCGUAGUGGGUCGUGCUUGCAAUGGUAUUUUAGGCGUUUGCCCACGUGUUUUUGCGCAUAAAUUCAAAUUGGAGGAGGCGUUUGCAUACAUCUUGGUUUUCUCAACGUUUGCGCUCUCACUCUGUUUUGCUGYAUACAUUGCUUAUGAAAUGCAAUUUGAAUUGCCCCCUUGGGAUAAUAUUUUCGUAAGUUUUGGUCUAUUCAUUCCGCAUUUCGCUUUAGCCGGUGCUUUAAAGCUGUAUACACUGAAUUGCUGGUUAUUGCGCGAGGAAUUGAGGCAGUUGAAAGUGGGACUGCAGGACAUGCUGAUGGARCAAUUAAAAACUGACGUUCAAAUUGUGGAAAACGACAUUGCAAUGUCAACAAGUGUCAGCGCCACAAAUGCUUGUGUCAAAAUACCAACGACUAAUAUACAAAAGGAGUUGGCGCAAUACCUUAAACGCUUUGAGCAGUUGGCUGCUGAAGUGAAGUUUGUGAGUGAUGCAUUAAGCAAAGAUGUGCUGCUACUAUUGUUAAUGAAUAGCAUAAGUCUGCUUGCCGGUGUUUAUGCACUUGUGUACUUUCAAACAAGUUGGCACUUGUUGUUUUCGCCCCCGUGGAAGCGUAUUUUCUAUGCUUCGAAUAUUGCUAUUUACGUGCUCAUCUUCUGGGAUUAUACUUGUUUGUGCACAAGUAUAUGUUUUCUCAACAAAGWGAAAGUUCGGAUACUUGAUGUUGUUCAAGUAGCUAUAAAAUCAAAAACGCGUUUUGAAAAGGCUGCUCGUUCUCUCCUGAAAGAUAUUCGYAGCGCAUUGACCAUAGAGCUGCGGUUGACUUUGUUCAAACUGGUGGAAGUAAACGCGUGGAGUUUAAUAAUGGUACACCUAAUCGUUGGCAUAAUAACUUCCAUAAUCGUUGUUUAUCAGUACUUGAAUGAUCAAAUUAUUUCAAUACAUGCUCAGCUGGAUACUGAUGACAGUGAUGAUUAGAAUUUAGACAAA